AAAAAAAUCGUACUACCACAGUUUACUUAUUUUUGUUUUUCCUUUUAGUGUUGGAUUCAUCUGGGAAAAUACCGAAUGGUGUGAUGGGCGGAAAUCCUAUGGCGUUUGGCGACUUUGAUACAUGUCUUCAAAUAGAAUCUCCAAGUCGAAGUUUUCAUGGACAGUAUUGCCAUAUAGAUUUAAAUCUACCAUUGCCAGAGAAACCACUAAUGUCACCAAUAGAAAUGCCAAUUGAAAUCAUUCAUAGUCUGUUUGAACCUAACACAUUGAUGGAUAGAUUAGCAAGUUAUGCUCAAUAUCUUUAUAUUACUCAACCACGUUUGAAUGCCUGCCUUCCAUCCUCAUGUUCAAAAGAAGACGUAGCAGCUUUGUUUUCUAACAUUAUGAUGUAUUUUAAAAAUGACAAUAAAGUGAAUGUACCUGUGGAUUGUGAAGUUAAAGAAGACUUGGCAUUUACAGCAGUGGAGAUUUUUAUUUACAUAUUAUUCAGCUUUUUAAUCUGCAUGGUGGUGCUAGGAACUUCAUUGGAUAUUCUAAUCAGAAAUAAUCCAAAUAAUGAUUUUGAAAAAAAGGAGAAAAGUGCAGGAAUAAAGGCAUUAUUAUGUUUUUCUUUAUUCACAAACUUCAUUAGUCUUUUAAAGGAAGACAACAAUCCAGAUACUCUACACAUAUUCCAUGGUCUUCGAGUAUUGUCAAUGACUUGGAUAAUAUGGAGUCAUUCAUAUCUUGUUGUUAGUUUCCGAGCAUUUGAUGGAGUAUUCCACAGACAAGACUUGGUGAAAGAUUUCCUUUCCCAGACUGUACCAUGUGGAUUUUUAGCGGUUGAAAACUUUUUCUUUAUGAGCUCAGUUCUUCUCUCAUAUGUUUACAUCCGAAUGAGAGGAAAAGUAGAUAUGAAACAAUUAUUUCUGAAAAGGUAUCUCAGGCUGACUCCAACUAUGAUGCUAGUUGUAGCAUUCUUUGCGAUUAUCGGACGUUUUGGAUCUGGACCUCUGUGGAAAGAAACUGUUGCUGAUUUCUUGAGCAAGAAUUGCCUAGAACGAGGAUGGAGGAAUUUGUUUUACCUUAACAACAUUUUCUAUUCGUCGAAAACGUGCUUAGGAUGGACUUGGUACUUAUCUACAGACACCCAAAUAUUUAUAGUGAGUUUGUAUGUCUGCGCAAUCAUGAGAAGAAGGCCGGGAAGAGGAUUCUUAUUAGCUGGAUUGAUAACCAUCAUGAGUGUUUUGCUAGCAGCAUGUUCUCAUCUUUAUUACAAGCUUCCACCAACUUAUCUUCAUUCAUAUUUGAAUAUCGAUGAUUGGUUUUUUUAUGCUGUCAAAGGAUACACACAAAUUCAUUUUCACCUUCCUGUUUGUGCUAUUGGAUUAAUUGUUGGUUACAUCUUGGCGACAAGAAAAGGGCAUAUACCAGAACAUAUUAAUGCCAUAGGCUGGUUUCUGUCAUUUAUUACAUUCUUUACUAUGAUGACUUUGACUUACAAGUGGAACCAAGGAAUUCACGCUCUCCCAGACGUCUUUGUCUCAACUUUAUAUGGCUCCACUCACAGACUGGCUUGGGGUCUGUGUUUAGCGUUUAUAACAUUAUCGUGUACUUGGGGACAAGGCGGAAUCAUCAACAGUUUUCUGAGUUGGGAAGGCUUUGUACCAUUCGCAAGAUUAACUUACAUGGUGUACCUCAUUCAUUAUGGUUUAAUGUAUAUUUAUAGUGGGUCCGUAAGGCAAUCAAUGCUUUUGGGACAUCGGACAAUGAUCUUCAUAUUUUUCAAUAAUAUGUUCCUCAGCUUCUUGGCAGCUUUGGUGCUAGGUUUAAUCUUCGAGUCUCCUUUAAUGGCAUUAGAUAAAGCAUUUUCGGAUGGAAAGCUGAGAAAACAAAUUAGGCCAAUCAAUACAGUGAAUGGAACUGUUAUGUUGAAGAAUGCUGUGUGAAUAUUGAACUCUGUGAAUAUGACUGACUUAUUUUUUAAAGACGUCCUCAUUGGGAAGUGUGUGUCAGUUCUUCAUUCAUACUGCCUUAAAUCCAUUGGUAAUUUCCAAAAUGUUUUAACCAUUCCUAUGCUGUCUAUCACAAGCCAUUAAAUUAAUAAAAACAAUUUAAAAAGUUAA